CGAGCAGGAGCGCGAGCCGCACAGUGCGGCGGCGCAUUACAGUGAUAGAGGUGCACACCGUCCGUUCCACAAGCAAAGCAGCGACCACUCCCGUCCCUUCCCUCCCCCAACAGCGAAAACAAAGAGCGGCGCGCGCCAUCAGCCGCGCUCUCCUCUGAGGCCGAUGCGGCGGCAGAGAUCGCGCCUGACGCUAACGGACCGGACUGACUCGUAAACACCCGCCACCGCAUCUAACACCUCCGCCCGCCGGCCAGCCACACCGGAGAGGAGGAGCCGGAGGCGGCGGGCGGCCAUGGAAUUCCAGCAGUUCGUCGACAUCGCGGACAAGUGGUGCUACAACACCCCGUUCGAGCUGAUCGCCACUGAAGAGGCCGAGAGCCGACUGGAUUUCUACGCGGACCCCGGCGUUUCCUUCUACGUCCUGUGCCCGGACAGCGACUUCAGGGAUAAUUUCCAUGUGUGGAGUGAAAGUGAAGACUGCCUACCAUUCCUACAAUUGGUACAAGAAUACAUCUUAUCCUGUGGAAAGAAGACUCUCUCUGAAGUACUGGAAAAAGUCUUUAAGUCAUUUAAACCUUUACUGGGUCUUCCCGAUGUAGAUGAUGAUGCUUUUGAAGAUUACAAUGCGGAUGUUGAAGAGGAGGAGCCUGAAGCAGACAGUCAGCAUAUGAGUGUCAGUCAGCAGUAAAUGUGCAGAGAAAAAUCAGUUUGUAUGAAGUCUUUAUUUUAUUGAUGAUGACCCAUGUUCUGUAUUCCCAUUCAGCAGUCUGAAUAGUCUUUAUUUGUAUCAAGUUUGAAACAAUAUUCCUAAAUAUUAUCUAGUUUGUUCUGUCAUUUAACUUCAUCAUUUUGUCAAACUGUAAGGAGGUGUGCAAGUUUAUCAGGCUAUGUAUAUAUAUUAAAAGUGUUUUCUUUCUGAAGGGAGUAUCCAUUAUUUGGAUUGGCCUAUAUUGAAUAUGUAAAGCUGUAUUAAUUUCUGAUUGUUUUUAAGUUAGACCUUUUCUUAAAGGAUGGUUUAAAAUUAAAUUGAUGCAAUCAGAAUUUCAAUUAAACUAGGUUUUGAGCCAUACCUCAGUGAUUGACCUAUUAAAAUAUUUUCAUUGUUUUAAGAAUUGUUCACUGGAAAACUUCAUAUUAGAUUGAUCAGUAAAAUCACAGAUGUUAGAGCACAGGAACAGGCCAUUCAGCUUAACUGUCUUGUGCUGAUGUCUUUGCCCCAUAAUGGCUGCCUUCUACUCAACUGUUCAUCUAACCCUGUUUACAUAGCUUUCCAUUUAUGCUGGUGUCAUUUCAUUUUCAAAUACCUAGCUUUAUUAAAUAUUUUUAAAGAAUAUUGAUUGUGGGUAUUUAACUGAAGUUGUCCAAGUAUUUAAACUUGUUCCUAAGCAACCUUUGUGAUGAGUCUGUUUUUAGUGCAGAUUUUACUUUAUAAGUUCUAUCAGGUAGUUUUAGUGAUUAUUUCACUCAAAAUAUCCUUGAAGAAACUAAUUAAAAUGCAACACUGAAUUAAAACGGACAUCUGCUUGCAUCAACUUGUUACAUUGUAAAAUCAAAGGAAUGUGCUAUUGUGUAGAUGCUUGAGGGCAUUGAAUACCGUUUUCUGCUACUGCUAUAUGUACUGCGGGUACUGUUUACUGUACUGCAUUAAUUUAUUGCUUGGCUUUUAAUGCACUACAGUCUGUUGGCUACUUUACUGAUUACUUCUAUGCAUCUUAGACAAAAUAUUUCCAGCUAUAACAUUCCCAGAUGUAGAUCAGAAAAGCACAGAUUUUGGUUCUCUGUUAAUGUGCGUUACUAGAAGGAGCUGUAAACUUGCUUUUAGUUGGGGGAAUUGGGGGUGCAAUUAGUCAUGUGUUUCUGGAAGGAUUUUUUAAAAAAAUGUAAUACUCAUUGAAUAAUGGGUUGCUUAUUCAAAAUGUUGUAAGUGGUAAAUUGUACUGUACCUGGCCUGUGGAUCUCUUGUAUUAUAUCUGUCUGUAUACUGUAAAAUGGAAUGCCUUGUGUAAUCAUAGGACAUUUGAGGUUGCAGAAAAUCUUGGUGUUUUAAAAUGCCUUCUACUGAGAUGCUAAUUUGAAGCAGAUUGGAACAUUCCUUGUGAUUGGAGAGUCUGUUACUUUUAUUGACUAGGGUAAGUUAAGGUCAUAGAUGAGUGUAAAUGUAAAUAUUCUAUUCUACAGUAUAUAUACUGUACAGAUAAUCAAAGUAAAAGUUUGGUCUGUACUUUGUGUGAACAGCACCCACUGUUUUAAUAUGUCACGUGCAUGUCUAAUUUUGUUGAUCCUGAAGGAGGGAGCAAGCAUCCUGUUAACAGCCAUCGAAUUGCCGCUUUCUUUUAAAUGCAUGGCUGGUUGACACAGGAGGUAUUAUUUUAAUUUUGGUAGUUUAUAAAAAAAAAUUACUUUAUUGAUGUAAUGCUUUGUUACAACCUGCAGCACUUAAUUUAUAGAUACCUCAAUGCUUUUGUUGACCUAGCAGUCUGGAUUUAAAAAUGGUUUAAAAACAAAUUACACAGACAGAAUUCUCUAGCAUUCACUAGCCUCACCUUUUGAAAUUAGAUAAAAUAAAUGAUAAUAGUGUUACAGAACUUGGUUCUCUCUCCUUUUAGAUUGGUUUAAAAGUAUUACUUUUGUGCAUUUAGACUGAAUGUGUAAACCAAAUGUGCUUAUUUGUUUUUAAUAGAUAUGAAAGGGAUUUUGGAUAGGUGAACAAAAGGAUACUGUACUUUAAUAUGCUUAACACUAAACAUGCUGGAAAUAAAUUAUUCAAACAUUG